CUUCCAUUGAUUGGCAUCCCUUGGCACUGACGUGCUGUCGACUCUGGGCAUCUGUCCUGGUGACGAUGGACAUCGAAUUCGCGCACAUAUAGCACUAGGCUGAACAGUGAAUACCCGAUCUCUGAUAUCUUCCCAGUCCACCAUGGUGCAAAUUGAAGUGGAUCAUCCACGGCACCCCGUGUUCCUGUACAGUGUCGGUCGAUUUCAGGAUGUUAGUCCGACAAUCUUUCCUAUCACUGUGACCUUGAGCAGCAAGGAGCGAACCAAGAUUGGAGGUGUCAGGGCAGCAUGGCAGACGACCAUCCAACAUCCAUUAUCGGGAAGAAGCUUUCACUAUGUCAUGGAGUGGGGAAAGGCAGAAGUCCUCGAGACAAUUAUCACUUCUGUUUUGGAUGGCAAUCUGCAACUUGAACCGGGAGUCAAGAAAACUUGCACCUUCACCCUGUCUAUUCCCCAUUCUCUCCCACCCAGCUGCACGACCGACUUUGAAAAAGUCACUCAUACUCUCUUUAUCUCUGCAUUACCACCAGCGCCCGAGUACACAGACUCUGCGACUUACGUCUCUCCUCCGUCUUCGAUCAACGGCGAGUCAAGAGGAUCUUUCUUCAGUUUUAGGUCGAAAGGCAAGCGAGCCGUCUCUCCUUCACCCGUGCGUCUGCCUUCCAACGACGCAGCCUCAAAUCCCAAGGAAGCAUCGUUGCCUCCGACUUUGUCACCAAAUCUAGCCAUAUUCCGCAAAGACAUCAGGGUAGUCACUCCCCUUUGUCCGAAAGACGUACCGCCGACAGAGGAAUACGAUUCCGAAAAGCUGUUGCCCGGCAUCGGUACCUUUCGAUACAUGUUUGCCACCGGUAUCUGCACUGUCGGCACCGCCUCAUUCCUCUGUUGUCGUCUGAACGAUCUGAACCCACUCGUCACGAUUUACUCUGUCAACGUUUGCCUCGAGCAACGGGUCACGUCGGUAGACGAGCAAGAGACCCAUGUGGACAAGUGGACUAUGGGCGGAUGGGAGUGCGCCGCAGAUAAGAAGGAAAGGAUGGCAUAUCUGUGGCGAGGGCCAGAGGCAAAAGCUUAUGCGGGGCAAGACUUUGAAGAGCAAGGCCACUCAGGCUGUACCAGAGACGAAAUACAUCUCAAUGGCCUUCCUCGAACCCCUUCAGCAACUUUAAACUGCAAACCCUCCACAGGACCGCUACUUCAGCCUAUUGUCUCGACCAUAACGCAUCAUCUCUUGCUCGAAUUCUCGUACACGACAUUCCAAGAGACUGAAGAUGGAUCGUGGAAAGAGGGUCCGAGGAUGAAACAGACGCUCAAGCGCAAAACCACUGUAGGCGAUUGUUCCCUCUCACGACCGACAGUACAGACGCCAAGUUAUGUCCAAUCGAUGGACAUUCCAAAGAUUAAUCCUGAGGAGUAUCUCGAGCCAUAUACAGAGAGUACCCUGCCACCUAGUUUCUUCAUCCCUCGAACAAGUACAAUUUUCAUCAAUGGGGUCCAAGAAGGGAAAGGCCGAUUGUACCCCGGUAAAUAUUCGCCUGCUCAAGUUCGAGCUCAUCAGCUGGAAACUGGGACAUUCUGCGUGUGCUUCUUUGAGCUGGCACCGAGACUCCCCGAACAGGGAUCAGGACUCAACCUCAUGGACACGCUUCAGCUUUUCCCUAAAGAAACCGCCGAAUCGCUGUGGGAGUCGCCGGAAUGGCUCGCCAAACAACGGGUCAGACAAGAACAAGAUUGGAAAGAACGGCAUUUGCAACGAAGAUCGCAUAUUCCAGGUUUUAUGUACAUGUUCGCUUGGGGUUGCGCAUGUAAUUAUUCGACGUCCGCUGGUCCCCAGCCUAAGGAUAGACUCAAGGCUGGAAUCACAUAUCGAUCAAAUGCAGAGGAGUAGAGACGGUGAAGGACAUUCGGGGAUCGACGAAGCCAGCUGGAUGAGAUUAGGAGCCUGCAGAGCCUACAGUAUGAUCCGAUCGUUAAAUAUCAUGAUGUAUGUAUCGCUUGUCACCACAGUCCUCCGUAUCAUGGACCUCUGUCGCUAUGCGGUGACAACCAUCCUGGGGAGGCUGAGCAUCCCUAAUUGAGCUGACGCGAUACGCCGUGCUCUGGAUUCGGACGGCUGACAUCCAUCCGUCCCCUACGGUACCAUAUCCUCUCAAUCCAUGGCAUAUGAGAAG